UGCAGUAGAAGAAGAAAUGUGUGCGUCCCCAAAAAGGUUCCUCCUGAUUAAAAAGAAAAAAAGGAACAUUUGUGAACAACUGCAAGGUUGGCUUUAGGUAGAAGAAUGGAUUCACUUUCUCAAAUGAUGACUGGUCACCUUGAUCCAAAAGAGGGGAAUGAUGGGGUGAUCACAGAGGAGUGCAUGCUUGGAAACUGCAGGGUGAGCCUUCCAGAGGAUCUCCUUGAAGAUCCUGAUAUUUUUUUCUCUGUGUUGAGUAAAAACACGUGGAACGAAGUACUCACAGAUUCUCAGAGACAACACUUGCGACACUUUUUGCCACAGUUCCCUGACAACAACCCUGAAGAGCAGGACAGCACCAUCGCUGAUCUGUUCAACAACAGAAAUUUUCAUUUUGGAAAUCCUCUACAUCUUGCACAAAAGCUGUUCAGAGAUGGUUACUUCAAUCCUGAGGUGGUGAAGUACAGACAACUAUGUGCCAAGUCUCAGAAGAAACGCCACCUGCACGCCCUUCAGCAGUAUUACCACAAACUGUUGAAGCAGAUUCUUGUCUCCAGAAAGGAGCUGCUGGAUUUUGCCGUUCAGAAUGGUUUGGACUUUCCACCAAAAAGAAGGCUGCCAAAUAAGACGCAAGCUGAAAUGAGGGAGACGAGGGUGAGAAGAAGAUGGAGCCACAUACUUAAAGAGGUCAAAACAGAGUGUGGAGACAGCAUUGUAUCCUCUGACGAUGAAGAAAUGGCGUUAUGGACCCAGACUCCUCAGUCGCCUUCCUCUCCGUCUUCCACCGUGUCGCUCAGAGUUCUUCCCACCCUCUCCACCCAAGACAUGAAGACCUCUGAAAAAGUAGAACUGAGCCAACUGGACUUGAAAGUCAUGUUGCAAAAUCAUUGCGAGAAAAGAAAGCGCCAGCCUGACCACCCUGACCUGAUUACCUCUGAUAUCCAGCUGAGAGACAUCCUUUCCAGAUCGAACAUUGGUCGAAAAGGGACCAUGCCACUUUUUGAUCUGUCUCUGCCCAAGAAGAAGAUAAGAGAUGAGAAGCGGAGGAAAAAGUUGAGAACAAUAAAAACGGAGGCUGAAGAUCCCUGUGAAAGUCUGCCCCUUUCAGAAGCCCUUUCAGCCCCACCAGCACACAUCAGUGGCUCUCUGCCAGAAGCCCCCUGCACGCCACAAGCCAUCAUCAAGGAGGAGGUUGUGGAGGACUGCCAGAGCAGCCCUGGAGCUGUGGAGGAAAUAACUACGAGUUUCUUUAGCUUGUUGGAAAGCAUCUUUAGAACAGAGGGUCUUGCCAGCACGUUAAUGUUGGAGGAGAAGGUUCAAAUGUGGCAAAUGUGUCCAGCCAGCUCCCACAAUCCCUGGUUUUCCUUUGCUUCAUGCUGGUCUGACCUGGUUCUUCAAGCACUGCAGUUUCUAGCAGGAGAGACUAAAGAUGGCAUGAUGGCGCUCCCGAGUGGAUUUUUUCCCUUUGUGGAAUUUGUUGAUGAAUGUCAGCAGUGGAGAUGGAUCGGACCCACUCAGGAUACAGAGAAGGACCUCGGUGCACUCUGUCAGUUAUGGCUGGACUCUAAAGAUUUUGUUGUCAAAACAGAAAGUGAAGACAUUUCAGAAAUGAUGUCUCCAAUACCAAAACUAUCUACUGAUUAUGUCGUGAGGCCGAGUACUGGAGAUGAGAGACAGGUGUUUCAAAUUCAGGAGCAGCAGCGAUACAACGAGCCACACAAAGCCUUCACCUUCAGGAUGCACGGCUUUGAAUCGGUGGUGGGUCCUGUUAAAGGCGUGUUCGAUAAGGAGAUGUCUCUCAACAAAGCCAGAGAGCACACCCUGCUUCGCUCAGACCGCCCACCAUACGUCACCAUUCUCUCUCUGGUGCGGGACGCAGCAGCCAGGCUACCCAAUGGAGAAGGAACAAGGGCGGAAAUCUGCGAGCUUCUGAAAGACUCGCAGUUUCUUGCCCCAGAUGUCACAAGUGCACAGGUGAACACAGUUGUGAGUGGGGCGCUGGACAGACUUCAUUAUGAGAAAGACCCCUGUGUGAAGUACGACAUUGGUCGCAAACUGUGGAUUUACCUGCAUCGCCAUCGCAGUCAGGAGGAGUUUGAGAGAAUCCAUCAGGCUCAAGCCGCAGCUGCAAAAGCAAGAAAAGCUCUUCAACAGAAGCCUAAACCAGCUUCAAAGCCUAAGUCUGGAAGCAAAGAUGGAGGUGGAAAAACCCCUGGAAGUGUAGAGCCAGGGCAGGAUGUGAGCUCUAACCCCAUGUCUCCCAUCUCUGCAACUCUCACCCCAAACACACCUGGGACACCCAAGUCCCCUCUACCCUUCACAGCCUCCACACCCACAAAGACCGGAGUCCCGGACGCAGUCAAAACCAGCCCAGGAGUUCUGCUUGUGUCCCCUCCAUCACUGCCUCAGCUUGGAACCAUCUUACCCACAAGUCAGGCUUGUCCUCCGGCCUCACAGCCGGUUUCGUCCCAGCACACGGCCCGGAUAGUAAGUCACCUGGCUGCCAGCUCCCUCCCACAGGUGCGGGUUGUUGCUGCUCAGCCUGCUCUGGCGCCUUCAGCUGCAAGCCAGCAGACCACUCUGGUGCACCAGACCCCACACCAGAUCCGGGUGCCUGUGUCUGUGGCGGCCAAGGGCAUUUCACAGGCAGUGGUUUCUGUGCCUUUACGAAGUCAGUCCGGUACCAGUCCAGUGCAGGUUCCAACCACUUUGUCCAUGUCAGCUGUAACCGUAACAAAACCUCAAACUGGAUCUCCUGGCAGCCCUGCUAACAAACCAGCAUCUCCAGCGGUGCUGCAGGGAGUCACCAGCUCCAACAUCAAACAGGUUUCCAUCACCGGACAGCUGGGAAUGAAAACUCCAGGCAGUGCUGGAAUUCCAAUAACUGCCACAAACCUGCGCAUCCAGGGUAAAGAUGUCCUGCGUCUUCCACCCUCCUCCAUCACCACAGAUGCCAAAGGGCAGACUGUGCUGCGGAUCACCCCGGACAUGAUGGCCACUCUCGCCAAAUCGCCAGUCGCCACCGUCAAACUCACUUCUGAUUUCCUGGGCUCUGCCUCUGCGGGCAGCAAGAGCAUAUCGGCCACUCUCCACGUGACGCCUCCCCACCUUUCACCUUCCUCCGCCUCGAGUGCUCCCCCCUGCAUGGGGGAGACCCAAACCACCAAAGCGGGCCCCAUUUCCUCCACCGUGCUGAAGGCUGCGGGAGACACGGCUAUUCGUUUGAUGCCCACAUUAGCCGUCAACGUGGCCGACCAGAAAUCUCGAACUUUCUCCUCAGACAAGAGUGCCACUAUCCGGAUCAUGCCAGGCCUCGGGGUUAUACCACAAAAGCAGGGUCAGACUAUCACGAUGACCACCUCCACCGGCAACAAACCUCUGCCAGUGCCCACCUGUGCCAAUGUGGUCACAAUGGCUGCCGGUGUGGCGACUGUUACUAAGAGCAUCACCGUAGCGCCUGGAGUAUCUGCCGCCCCCCUGACGCUUGCAACAGCAACUGCAGCGGUGCGACAGGUUCCUGGAGCUGUGGUCACGACACAAGCGGGAAAGUUACCAGCACGCAUCACUGUGCCUCUCUCUGUCCUCAACCAACCGCUGAAGACCAAGAGCGUCGUAACGACACCAAUCGUGAAAGGAAGCAUUAAUACAAACAGUAUCAGUAGCUUGGGCAGAAACAUCAUCCUGACCACGAUGCCUGCAGGCACCAAGCUCAUAGCUGGAAACAAACCGGUCAGUUUUGUCACAGCUCAACAGUUCCAGCAGCUUCAGCAGCAAGGACAGGCCACACAGGUUCGGAUUCAAACAAUCCCGACUCAGCAGCUCCAGCAGCACAUAGCCACCGGAUCUCCGAAAUCUCUGUCAACAGUUGUUGUCACGACAGCCCCUUCCCACAAACCCGCACCUGAUCCCCCACCUGCCCCCCAGAACUGAUUUCCUUUCAUCAUUCAGCCUGGUGCUUUUAGAGUUCUUGUUUUAGCUGUAGUGUUUUUGACUAAAACUGGAGUUUUCAAGUUAUUUUCAGGAAAGAUUUCCGGCAGCAAACGUCGUUUCCAGGAUGUUCCAUCAGUCUAAGGUUCAGGAAGAAUCCGAAUUUGUUCAGGUGUAUUAUGAAACUCUUGAGUUUUACUUUAAUUGUAAUUAUUAACUGGAACUUUGUAAAUAUUAAACUGUUAAAUUAGCCUUUAAUAUAACAAUAGGACUUUGCUAUCUUGUAUUUUGCUGCAAUAAGUUGAAGAUCUGUUCUCUUUUAAUGGUCUGACCAAUUUGUUUCACUUAAAGUGUCAGGUUUAUUUUCGUUUGAGUCUGAAUUCUUGUUUUUCUUUCAUUUGCAUUUCAAUAAUUGCAAAUAUACAUUCAAUGUGAUUUAUGAUUUAUUGUGGUUUUAUUAAGAAAAAAUGUAAAUAAUAUCGUGCAAAUUGGCAGACGUCACACAGAUGCAGCAGGAGUUUGGGGACAAGCAGAGUUAAACCAGCUUUCAGUACAGCUGAACAAAGAACUUCACUCUUCUUCAGAUUCUUCCAGCAGAGCUUUCUCUGAGUUUGUUUUGGAGAACGUGUUUCUCAUUCCAAUUUCGAUGUCUCCCCUCCUAUCCGAAAAUCGUGUCAAAGUGCUGUAAGAACAAGAAAAAAAAUUAAAUCAAGUUCUUUUUUUUAUGACAAAAACAGAUUCAAGAUGAUUGAAAAUUUAAAAUGAUCAAAGAACAAGACAAAUCUUAUAUAAAUAUUGAUUUUAGGUUAAAUAAAAUCAUAAGUAGACAUUUAUAACAUUCUGUGCUGUGAGAGGUUUUUACUAUAGGAAAGUCUUCAAUUGAAACAGUUUGUUCUAUGUGGAACACACAUUUGGUUUAAUUACCUUUCUAGACUCAGUGAUGCAAUGGAUCUAAUGGAGUCAUGCAUAGGUUCUGAGGUUAAUGAUCCAUCAGAAUCAUCAAUAUUUAAAAAAACAUCUGUUGAAUGUCAUGACAAAAAUAACUGUUGCUGAAACAAGGCUUUGGUAUAUUUGGAAAAAUCCAAGCCCUAAGGGUCACACAUUACAAUAGAUCAAAAAAUUACCCAUGUUUUAUUUAACAUAUGAGAUGUUAAAAUGUUGCAAUCAGCUAGUAUUUACUGUAAUAAUACUUAUAAAUGACCUUAUUUUUCCAAUAAGGUCGUAAAUUUAAGCUGUCUUACAUCUGAAUGGACACUGGAUGAACUAUGAGGUUUUAUUUCUAGAUAUGAUCAACCUGACGGGAUGGAGAAGUGAUCACAAGGAACUAGAGUGCAAUAUAUCAACUCUGUAAAAUGCUGAGUUCUAUAACUUAGUACUUUAUAGGAUGGAGGAAGAAGUUGGCCACAAAUAAGUUCAUAAAAAAGAUUAAGAAGAACAAAGUCCAAGAUGGAAUAUUUAGCCGACCAGAUAUCACAGGAACGACAGUCAAGAAAAUUCCUCAACGCAUUGACACUGCAAGUAAAGGACAGGAGGAGGAGGAGGACUAGAAAGUCUCAAUCUAUGGGGUCAUGUUCUCAGAAAUGUCAUUUUGGCAGACUGGAGAAGUGGCUAAAGCAGAGUUCCCCAACUCUGGUCCUCAAGAUCUUCCACCCUACCUGGUAUUCAGUUCUUCUUCCCCUCUUGUUGCUGAUUCAGAUGAUUCAGUUUGUUGUUUUUUUUGUUUCAAUUCUGAUUGACUCAAUUGACACACCUCAUCAGCAGCAAGAAUUGCAGGGAAAACUGGAAAUAGGUGGGGUGGCAGAUUUCAAGGACCAGGGUUGGGCAGCCCUGUCCUUAAGUUAAAAGAAAGGUGAGAUGUCUCUGGAAAGCGUAGAAUGAAAGAUCCCAAAGAACUGAGCACAAAAUUCCAGCUAAGAUGGAAGAAGAAGAAGACAGUGCUGAUGCAGCAGUGUAACAUCGUUAAGAAACAGAACAUGAAAGAAUGGAAAAUUUAAAAACAAGAUGUGACAACUAGUCCCUUACAAAGGUCUGUGGUAAAGAACAGAACACCACUAGAUUCACAGGAAAAGAGGAUUUUGCUGUUUUUUUAUGUUUUCUGCUAAAUUCUAUUUAGUUUUUUUCCAAAAAUGUCUUAAGACACUGUGCAUUCGUUUAGAGAAUAGUUUUUGUGCUUAUGUCAGAGGAACUCAUUAAAUUGCUGCAUUCCA